AUGGAGGGGCUGCUUGCUAAGGCCUGCGAAACGUGCAUCUCACAUACGGAAUUGGUGCACCAUGUCAUUGAGCGGCUUCUAGCACGAAAAAGAGCGACGAAUUGGGAGGACGCAAACAUUCUGACGCUUGGGUAUCGGGAGGUGACGCCGGGGGCUGUGGGUCAUCGCGUGACGCAGUCGAACGGGAUAAUGUGUUACUACCCGAACACCUUGGUGGCUGCAUUGAAGAAGCCACUGUGGGAACAUUUACACGAACUCAUGGGGGACGAUCUAAUGACACAUUUACUGCUGCAUUACACAAUUUUUGUGCAGCUCAAGGAGAAUCCGGACUCCUAUUUGCAGCUCACUGGAAAAAUAUCGAUCAACCACGUGAUGUAUGCGCGUUGUUUCCGAAAAGAUCGGGUAUUCGCAAGCUCCCAUGGACUGGUGAAGGCGUCCAAGACUGGCGAUCCAAUCACGAUUGAUUAA